AUGACAUGCGGCAAACUGGACGUGGCAAUCAAGCCUGGCGCCCCGCGGCUUCCAACUGCCACCGCCAACAACAGGCGACUUUGGAGCGCGGGGGGACCCGGACCAACUCCCAGGCCCCAGCCUGACAGCUCAGCACAGCACAAGUCUGCAUUACCAUCCUCCUCCUCCUCCUCUUCAUCAUCAUCAUCAUCAUCCUUCUCCUCCUCCUACUCAAGAUCAUUCUUAUCCUCCUCCUCCAGCUCUUCAUCCUCUUGCUUCUCCUCCUCAUCAUCAUUAUCAUCCUCUUCUUCCUCAUCCUCUUCCUUAUCCUGCUCUUCCUUCUCCUCCACAUCAUCCUCCUCCUCAUCAUUAUCAUCAUUCUCCUCGUCUUUUUCAUCAUCUUCCUCCUCCUACUCCUCCUUCUCCUCAUCAUCAUCCUCUUCCCCAGUCUCAUCAUCAUCAUCAUCAUCAUCAUCCUCCUCCUCCACUUCUUCCUCCUCCUUCUCCUUAUUAUCCUCCUCCUCCUCAUCAUCAUCAUCAUCACCAUCAUCCUCAUCAUCAUCACCUUCCUCCUCCUCCCGGUCCUCCUCCUCAUCAUAUUCCUCCUCCUCCCGGUCCUCCUCCUCAUCAUAUUCCUCCUCCUCCUCAUCAUAUUCCUCCUCCUCCCGGUCCUCCUCCUCAUCAUAUUCCUCCUCCUCCUCACCAUCAUCAUCCUGUUCUUCCACAUCCACAUCCACAUCCACAUCCACAUCCACAUCCACAUCCACAUCUACAUCCACAUCCACAUCCACAUCCACAUCUACAUCCACAUCCACAUCCACAUCCACAUCUUACACAUCCACAUCUACAUCCACAUCCACAUCCACAUCCACAUCCACAUCCACAUCCACAUCCACAUCCACAUCCACAUCCACAUCCACAUCCACAUCUACAUCCACAUCCACAUCCACAUCCACAUCCACAUCUACAUCCACAUCCACAUCCACAUCCACAUCCACAUCCACAUCCACUACUAUUAGUACUACUGCUACUGCCUCUGCUGCUGCUGCUACUACUACUACUACUACUAUUAGUACUACUGCUACUGCUACUGCUACUGCUACUACUACUGCUACUACUGCUACUGUUACUACUAUUACUACUACAACUACUUUUACUACUACUACUACUACUACUACUACUACUACUACUACUACUACUGUUACUACUAUUACUACUACAACUACUAUUACUACUACUACUGCUGCUGCUGCUACU